AUGGAAACAGCACGGCUCAGCGAUUAUCGCUGUGAUUUUGUCCACCAUUAUACUGCUCUUUCAUAUGUUUGGGGAUCGUCCACGGAGAAGGGAGAAAUCAUCGUUAACGGCUGUACGAUGAUUAUCAGCGCCAGCCUCAAGACAAUACUACGGAACGUCCGGGAUUCGAGUCACGCAAUACGACUUUGGGUUGAUGCGAUAUGUAUCAAUCAGAAAGACAAUGGAGAAAGAUCGGAUCAAGUUGGCCAGAUGCGUGAUAUCUACCAGGGCGCACGACGAACAAUUAUCUAUUUGGGAGACUCUAAUGAGCAGAUUACAGCUGCAUUUGGAGCAUUACCACAUGACAUCAAGAUCCAAUCGCAUACCACGGGUCAUCUUCGAUCUGCCGCCGGCGAUAAACGGCGGCUGGUGCACAUUGAAGUCUGGAAGAACCAAAUCUUCAAUCGCUCCUGGUUCUCUAGAAUAUGGGUAUUCCAGGAGCUCCUUUUGUCCACUGAUCCGUGGGUUCAAUGUGGGAUCCAUCGAAUCACUUGGAAUUCUCUCUGGCUUAUCUUUCAUGUUAUAUUUGGUGAUGGAGAUACGACAAGUUUGGGGUCGUCGGGUGCAUUGAGAAGCAUGACAAGUGGUGAUCUUGCACUUGUCGACCAGAUGAAUACCGCGCGAGUUAGGAUGCGGGCCUACCAAAACUCUCUGUUCUCCCGACAUCAUAACACAACUCCUACCCUUACACUUCUAGAUUGCCUGAUCAUUCGGCGCGGCCUUGGUGUAACGGAUGGAAGAGAUAUGAUUUACGGACAUCUCGGUGUUAUUCCAGACUCUCAACACGAUGGUCUCAAAGUGCCAACGAUCUCGCCAAAUUAUGACAUCGAUUACCACGAUGUUCUUAUUGGCGCAACAUUUGACAUUAUUCAAGCCUCGAACAGUCUUAAAAUUCUUGUCCACACUGACGACAAAGAAACAGAAUAUCUUCCCUCAUGGGUGACUGAUUGGACGAAAGAGUCGAAAUAUCAAAGUCGAGAGAUUCCUGCUGACCUACUCAAGUUACAAUGGUUCAUUUCAUCAUUAAAUCUUCCGCAGCGCCAUAUCAAGUGGGAGCCACAAAGCAUACCUGCAUUAAAGCUUCAAGGGAUCUUUUUAGGCUACGUGUCUGAGGUUGGCUCUAAAAUCCUUUAUUCCGAGAGUAGAGGCUUGAGGAAUCCCCAAUGGGUUGAGACCACUGAGCAUGAUACAUUCGACUACGUCUCCUGGCAAUGGAAACGGCGAGAAAAGGAAGAUAAGCUGAAAAUAAUUAAUUUAGCACGAGACAGAUGUAGUUCUCGUGCUGGUCUGUCUAGCUCGGUUAACGUUUCCAUCGUACUGGAAAAGUUGAUAGGGUUCUUAUUUGAUUCUUCAAUACGCGAACCCUUAGUGCCCACGUCCGAUUUCGAUACUCUGGAAAUCAUUGCUGCUUUGGCACUCAGUGGAAUAUGCUAUAGGCAUAUCCCUGACAGAUAUAACUGUUCACUGCUCUCACAUAAUUUCUUCUCAGCUAUCAACACAAUUCACGAUUUCAUUCGUACUGACCAGUUGCGGUUUUUGAAUGGGAGAAGGCUAGCCAUGGUUUCUUGUCACGAUGAUCCGAAUGUUGACACUAUGGUAGUUGUGCCAGAAUCAACACAGGUCGGUGAUUCCGUGUACUACCUAGGCGAUGAUUCGCCAACAUAUGUACUUAGAGAAGUACAAUCCGAACACUUGUCAAAUGUCUAUAGACUUAUCGGAAUGUGUUAUAGCAAUUUUGACUUUCUCUUUGUACUUCAAGAUAGACUAGAGAAAGAAUAUGAAUAUUUAACUAUAGUCUAG